AUGCCCCAGUCUGAGAGUUAUGAGGAUUAUGAGGAAUUGCAUGCAGCAGGACUCAGCGCCCCCAGCCUGGACAGCAAUAGCAGCUGGAAAGCUGAUGGCCCAGAGGAAGAUUCUCCCCAUCUUUGCCAAGAAAGGGACUUCCCCGCAAGGCUGAGCCCUGCUUCAACCCUUCCCACAACUCCAUGAAAGGCUCAAGGGUCUUUGCUGGUAACAAGUGACUUACUACCACACGAAUCAACCCAGCAACUGACCCCAACCAGGAGCGAUGCUGACAGCAAGGCCCGGCUGGACCAACUGCACAGUUUCAGGAGGAGUGGAGCCCAGCACCUCUUCUUCCAAGGCAUAGUACCCAACCGGGAAACACAGCAGAAACCUGGGCUCAUCCCCAAAGGGAAGCUGAGCAUGGUGCACACCACCGUGGAGGAGAACUUCCUGGAGGGCACAUUGCAUCUCCUGAAUGAGUUUGUCUCCUGUCAGCACUGUCCCCCCAAAGAUAUCAUCUCCCACCUGAUCAGACAGGUCCUGUUGAAUGCCUAUGAAGAGGAGAUCUUGAGACACAUGCUGCUGCUGAAGAUCCAAAUGCUCCAUCCAACCAGCGCUGCCACAGUGGGAUGGGACUGGACGCUGAAAAAAUUCAUCAUGGAAGACCAGGAGAAGCCCCCCAACCGGCUCCUCUUCCUGCAGUACAUGGUACAGACCCUGGAGGAUGACUUGCAGAGGAAUCUGAGGUUGCACCUGCUGCAGAAGUCAAUUGCCAAGAAAGUGCUUUCAUGUGACAUGUGCUUCAACAAUGUCAAGGAAGUGGUCAAAUUGUUGGUCUUAGCUAGUAUGGGAGUCAGGUUCUACCAGUCCCAGGAGCAGCCACAAGAAACUCCCUCCUCCUCAGCAGAAGCCAGGGCUGAGCACAGCUCAUCUACACCAAGUCUGGCCAGCAUACAGGCUCCGGCAGCUUUCUUUGCCCAAAAGAUUGUGCUCCUGCUCCAGUGGAUGUUGUCUAUCACAGUAGAAGUGGACAGAUCUCCCACCUGGAGCUCCCGUAAGAUUGCAGAUGAGAUAUUUAUACUGAAUAUCCCCCUGAGGAGUCAAAGGGAAGCUUUAUUAAACACCAUAGAGAGCCAGCUCCUGCGCUGCAGACUGCUAGAGCUGUUGUUCCAGCACAGUUGUGAUGUGCCCUCAACCUUAUCCACGUCUCUGAAGAAGACUCUGUAUUUCCUGAGUCACUGUUCUGUGCUGCUGCAUUUUGAGGACAAAAUAGCAACAUGGCAAGGGUGGGAUGAGAUGCUGCAGUACUUGAGUUUGCUGAUGAUGAGUUACCAAAGUGUAAUACAGGAGCACCUGUCGAGGUCCCUCAGUGACCAGAUGGACUUGAUGGUUCAGAAAGCCAAGCCCACGCUCCAGGAGAGUGACAUCACCGCCAGCCUGGAUGUUCAGGUGAAGAUGGAGGACUUUAUCAGCCAAAUGCAGGAGGUCUUGGAGCCUUUUCCUCCACAAAUCCAGGAGAAAUUGUUCCUGCUGCAAGAGUUGUUCUCUAUUGUCACUACUGCCUGAUGGACACAACCACUGCAGCAAGGGGGUAUGCCUGUGUGUCCACAGGUACCUGGCUGCGGUGGGUUCCCUCUCGGUGUGUGAGGUGCUACAUCGCCUUAUCAUCAGGCCACACAGACGUAUCAAUUGAUACACCAGAGAUCACCUCUUUGUCAAGCCAGAUGAGAUAUUUAUUAGACCCGCCAAUUGACAUACUAAAGACCAAAGAGAUAGGACACUAAGCAUUGCUGUUAAAUCUUUUUUUUAUUGUUAAAAUGCACAAGGAUGUGGUUUUUGAGAUUGUGUGUGUGAUGGUUUGAAUGGGCAGCUGCCAGAUGUGUGUGGAUGUGUGUCUGUAUGUUUGAGUU